AUGCCCGAGGUUGUGCUCCAGUCCGCGAGUUCUUCGACAAGGCCACUUCCAGAGGAACCUAGGGCAGCGACAACUCCAGGUCGGGGGUCGGCUCCACCGCCGGUCCUUGAGGUUCCAGAACCUGGGCCUCCAGCUCCUCAGUCAAGGGCGGAGGAUAGAGCUAUGAGAGACACAGUACCGUUGCUGACUAGAUUAGUAGCAGGGCAGGCUCGCAGGCCUGGGCCAGGAGACAAGGUGCAUCCUGCAGAGGGCAAUGAUGAUGAUGGAUUCAAGAAGAAGAAAGGAAAACAAAGGAAUAAUAGGCACUUUCAUAGAGGCAAAUAUGAUGAAAAUGCUUGGAAACCAAAGGAGAAUCAAACUCUGCAAAAUAAUCUAAAUGCAGCAUUGCAGAACACAGAUGAGGAUUUAAUAGAUGUGACUGAUAUGCAGAAAUCCUCAGAUAUAGAAGCAAAGAUGCGUGAUGCUUUAAACCAGAUUGUUACAGUGCAGCAAAUGGUAGACAAUAAUGAGAAGGUCAAGGAAAAGCAGAUGGAAGAAGCAAAGGAAAAACAGAUAGAUGAAUUAAAAAAGGUGGAGAGGAUAUCAGCAAAGGAAUGGAUUGAGAAGCAUUUUGGUAAACAACUCAAUGAUAAAGGGGAGAUUAUAUCUCAGCAGGUGUCUAAGGUCACUUCAGGUACACUUAGUCAAGAAAAGGAACAUGAUGUGCUGCAGGAGCAAGAAAAGGAACAUGAGGUGCUGCAGGAAGAUGGUUCUAGGGAUAUCUUAAUCAGCAAAAUCCUGGAGGAAGAAAACAAGUUUGGUGAUGUGCUGCAGGAGGAUGAUGAUCAUGAAGGGAAUCCAAUAGAGGAUGUGGAGGAUAAGCAAACAAAAGAAGGACAAGAAGGUACAAGGUUACUAGAGAGUAAUACUUCUGUCAGUUUUCCUGUGGAACAAGUUGAGAAUUCACAACAUGGAAAGCAUGAGGAGAUACAGGCCCAAGCAGAUAUCAAUAGUCAUGAUGAGGAAGAUUUAUCUCAGAACAUUGAGGAUAUAGCACAAGAGGCAGACUUAUCCCCUAGAAGUGUGCAUAAAUUGAAACAGGCAACAAAUAAACAAAAACCUGUCAGAAGUGUCAAUAUUCCAGUGGCAGGAGUUUCAACAAGGAGGAAUGAAUGGCUAGGUGUAGUUAUAUCUGAAUCAGAACAGCAGGUGACUUUGCAACUAACUCACUCAUCCUUGAAUCAAGCAGUGCUGGUGUCAGUAGUUUAUGCUAAAUGUGAUAGACAGGAGAAGGAGGAGUUGUGGGAAGAUAUGGUAGCCUUGGCAAAUCAGCAAGACCUUCCUUGGAUAAUAGGAGGGGAUUUUAAUGUCAUAGUGUCUGAGGAGGAAAAGCAAGGUGGCCUUCCAGUCACAUUCAAUGAGACUUUGGACUUUUCUACCUGUAUACAAAGUUGUGGUUUGAUUGAUGUAGGAUUCACUGGAAGUAAAUUUACCUGGUGCAAUGGGAGGACUGAAGAAGAUUGCAUAUUUAAAAGGUUAGAUAGAAUACUGGUGAAUCAGCAAGUUUUGGAUAUCAUGCCAUCCGCAGCAGUAACGCAUAUGAUUAGACAUGGUUCUGAUCAUGCACCACUACAUCUUGAGUGUAACAACAAUGCACAUCAUAUUGUCAAAUCUUUUAAGUUUCUUAACUUCUGGACAAAACAUCAUACAUUUAUGGAGAUGAUUGCCACUAUUGAAGAUACUAUAAAGGUGAAGGAGUUGCAGUUUGAAAAUAAUGCUUCAAGGGAGAAUAGAAUGCUGUUACAUCAAGCACAGGCUGAACUAACUAGAUUUUUACACUUGGAGGAAGAGUAUUGGAAGCAGAAAGAUGAUCCUUCUGGUACAUGGUUGGAAAAUGAAGUAGAUGUUGGUUCUGAGGCAAUCAGAUUCUUUGAGUCACAGUUUAGUGAAGAAAAUUCAGGAGGGGAUUAUGCAUUGUUGAAAAAUCUUCCUAAAUUGAUAACUGAAGAAACACAGAAGAAUAUGGAAGAGUUUCCAUCUGAAAGUGAAGUAAAGGAGGCUGUGUUUUCACUCAAUGGGGAUAGUGCUAGUGGGCCUGAUGGAUUCACAGGACAGUUUUAUCAGAAGUGUUGGGAGGUUAUUAAGCUGGAUGUGAUUCAAAUGGUUAAAGCUUUCUUUUGUGGGUGUGAGGUACCACAAUUCAUCACACAUACUAAUCUAGUUUUGUUACCAAAGAAAGAGGCGAUUACUACUUUUAGUGAUAUGAGGCCUAUCAGUCUCAGCUCUUUCUCCAACAAGAUACUGUCAAAAAUACUACAGAAUAGAUUGGAAAAGGUUCUUCCUAAUAUUAUUUCUCACAAUCAGACAGGAAUUGUUAAAGGAAGGAGCAUUGCAGAAAACAUAUUGUUGGCACAGGAGAUCAUUAGGGAUAUUAACUUGAGAGCUAAACAUACUAAUGUGGUGAUCAAAUCAAGUAGGGGGGUAAAACAAGUUGAUCCACUUUCUCCUACAUUGUUCAUUAUAGCAGCAGAGGUCUUAGCAAGGAAUCUGAAUAAGUUGCAUGAGAAGCCAAGUUUCAUAGGCUAUGGAAUGCCAAAAUGGAGUCCUCAAAUCAAUCACCUAUCAUAUGCUGAUGACACAAUAUUAUUCUGUUCUGGGGAUGGAUAUUCUUUAAAGAAAAUGAUGAGGAGAUUGAGGAAUUAUGAGAAGGCUUCAGGACAGCUGGUUAAUACUGAUAAAAGUUGUUAUUAUGUUCAUCACAAGGUCUCAGCCAGAGUUAAUAGCAAGAUUAAAAGAUAUACUAAGAUGAGAAAUGAUUCCUUUCCUUUCACAUAUUUAGGUUGUCCAGUGUUUUAUGGAAGAAGGAAAUUGAUAUAUUAUGAGGAUCUGAUAAAAAAAGUGAUGAAAAGGAUUCUAUCUUGGCAAAACAGACUGUUAUCUUUUGGAGGUAGAUAUGUGCUGGUCAAUCAUGUGUUGCAAACCAUGCCAGUAUAUUUACUAUCAGCCAUGAAUCCUCCUUCUGGGGUGAUAAAACAACUGCACAAGAUCUUUGCCAAAUUCUUUUGGAGCAAUACAGUAGGGGUGAAAAGCAAACACUAA